AUGAUGAAAACUUUCAACGCGUGUGUUUUGUUUUUGGGCAUCUUUCUCCUUUUUGAGUCAAUUAGCGCUCAUUGGAUCGGUGGCUUCGGCCCUCGUUUCGGAGGCUUUGGGGGUUUCGGAGCGUUCGGUGGAGGCUUCUACGGAAGAGGCUUCUACGGAGGAUAUGGGCGCGGUUUCUACGGACCACGUUUCUACCCACCCCCGCCCUUAAUCUACCCGCCACCACCCUUCUGGGGUUAA